GGUUUUGGUGGGGACGCUUAUACUGCAAUCACUGCGCAGCAUCGUUCGGGAUCGGUUGUGUCUGCGUGAGAGCUCGUAAGAUUCAUUUAAACUGUUUUUUGCGAAGACCAGUGCGUGAUAUCUGUGUAAAAUGGCCUUGAACGCACCCAAGUUAAAGUUCUACAACGGCAACGAGGUACCAGCCUUCGGCUUGGGCACUUGGAAGUCAAAACCAGGUGAAGUUACCCAAGCUGUAAAAGAUGCUAUUGACAUCGGCUAUAGACAUAUUGACUGCGCUCUUGUUUAUGGCAAUGAGAAGGAAGUUGGCCUUGCUAUUCGAGAAAAAAUAGCAGAGGGUGUCGUGAAGAGAGAAGAUCUGUUUAUUACCACUAAACUAUGGAAUACUUACCAUAAACCCGAGCUAGUUGAACCAGCCAUCAAGAAAUCUCUAGCUAAUUUGGACCUUGAUUACAUAGAUCUUUAUUUAAUCCACUGGCCAGUCGGAUAUAAAGAAGGAGGACCUGAUUUUCCUACAGCUUCUGAUGGUACCAUUAUCUUGAGCGAUGUAGAUUAUGUGGAUACUUGGAAGGCUAUGGAAGCAGUGUUAGCUAAAGGCCUGACGAAAAACAUUGGAAUUAGUAAUUUCAAUUCUGAACAAAUUACCAGAUUACUUAAGAAUGCAUCAGUUAAACCCGUUACAAAUCAGAUUGAAUGUCAUCCAUACUUAACACAGAAGAAAUUGUCAGAUUUCUGCAAAGAAAAGGGCAUUCUCAUUACUGCAUACAGUCCACUCGGAUCACCAGACAGACCAUGGGCCAAACCAGAUGACCCAAUAUUGCUGGCAGAUAAGAAAUUAAUUGAGCUUGGACAGAAGUACAAUAAGACACCUGCGCAAAUACUUCUACGUUAUCAAUUGGAUCGUGGCCAUAUUGUAAUUCCUAAAUCAGUCAACAAGUCACGACUUGCUCAAAACAGUGAGAUAUUCGACUUUAAACUUGCACCUGAUGAUAUUGCAUAUAUUGACAGCUUUGAUUGCAAUGGACGAGUUUGUCCAUUACUGGGCGCCAAUCACAGUCCUUAUUAUCCUUUCAGCAUUCCAUUUUAAGUAAUUAAGUAAGUGAGCAAGUAAAAAUUAGAAUUAAAAUUAUUUUCUCCAUAUGUAA